AGUCAAUUCGCUCGUUCAGACCUGAGCCACAUUGGAGACAAAUGGAGGGUGGUCUAUUGGUGGUCUGGCCGACGCGACACGGUCACGCGCGUCCGACGCGUGGCCUCCUACGAGCGCGGAGGAGAUUACCUAAUACGCAGGCAUGCCCAUACAUGGCCAAUCCCCAUUGACAUCACAGGACUCCCCACUGGGGAAGCGGGCCUGCUGCAGCAGUUGCCCGCGUCUCCCGACUUACUCCCGACCACCACCAUGCCCCCUACACGCAUUCCAAAACCUGGCUCUGUCGAAGUCGGCCCAGAAAAGGUCGACGGCGAGACGCGGAUACGGCGGAGCGUGUUGGCGCGUGACAAGCUCGUCACGCAGCCAUGGGAGGGCAUCGACACCGUCUACGACGUCCUCAUGUACGCCGCGCGCACGCACGGCACCCGGCAGUCGUACGGCUCCCGCGACGUCGUCGAAAUCCACGAGGAGGAGAAGGAGGUCACGAAGGUCGUGGGCGGGAAGGAGGUCAAGGAGAAGAAGACCUGGAAGUACUUCCAGCUCAGCGACUACAAGUACCUCACUUUCCAGCAAGUGAAGGACGCUGCAGUCGAGGUCGCCGGAGCCCUGCUCGAGCUCGGUGUCCAGAAAACAGACGUCGUCAACAUCUACGCGGCUACCACCCCGAGUUGGCAAAUGAUAUCGUACGGCUGCGCGAUCAUCGCGACAGCCAUUGCGACCGCGUACGAGACGCUCGGCGAGUCUGGCCUGCAGCAUGCGCUGAACGAGCCCGAGUGCGUGGCGAUGUUCACGAACGCGGAGCUGCUCAAGGUCGUGGCGAACGUGGCGCCGAACGUGCCCAGUCUGCGUGUGGUCAUCUACGACGGCAAGGCGGACGAAGCGCUCCUGGAGAAGAUCCGGACGGCGCGUGAGGGUGUACGCGUCCUGCACCUCGACGAGCUGCGGCAGCUCGGCAAGGGCGCUUCGGAGGAAACGCUGAAGGCGCGGCGGCCAGUGCCAGAGGACACGGCGUGCAUCAUGUACACGAGCGGAACGACGGGCCCGCCGAAGGGGGUCAUGAUAUCGCACGCGAACGCGAUCGCGUCCGUCGGUGCGGUGUACACGUACAUCGGGCACCACCUCAAGCCGGACGACGCUUACCUGGCGUACCUCCCGCUGUCGCACGUGCUCGAGUACAUCGUCGAGAUGUGCCUGUUCUUCGUGGGGAUGAAGUUCGGGUACGCGCGCGUGAAGACGCUGAUGGACACGUCCGUGCGCAACUGCCUGGGCGACAUCCGCGCAUUCCAGCCGACGAUCAUGGUGGGCGUGCCGCAGGUGUGGGAGACGAUCCGGAAGGGCAUCGAGGGCAAGGUCAACCAGGGCGGGUCAUUCAAGAAGGGCAUGUUCAACGCGUCGGUGUCGAUCAAGAAGGCGGGUGUGCCUGGCCUGAGCGAGCUCGCGGACAGCGCGGUGUUCUCGCAGGUGCGCGCGGCGACGGGUGGCAGGCUGCGUCUUGCGCUCUCGGGCGGUGCUGCGCUCAGCAUCGAAACGCAGGAGUUCCUGUCCCUCGCUCUCGUGAAGAUGGUCCCUGGCUAUGGUCUCACAGAAACGGUUGGUAUGACCACUGUGUUCCCUCCGGAAUACUCAGGAUUCGGCGAGGUCGGCCUGCCUGUGCCUUCCAUGGAGAUCAAGCUGAAGGACGUCCCGGAGGCGAACUACCUGUCCACGAACAAUCCUCCACAGGGCGAGGUCUGGGUUCGCGGCGCGUCGUUAACCAAGGGCUACUUCAAACGUGAUGACCUCAACAAGGACCCAACCAUCUUCACGCCGGAUGGCUGGUUCCGGACAGGUGAUGUCGGUCAGUGGAAUCCGGACGGCACCCUCUCUUUGAUUGACCGUAUCAAAAACCUGGUGAAGCUGUCAGGGGGAGAGUACAUCGCGCUCGAACGACUCGAAUCCGUCUACAAGUCCUGCAAUCUUGUCGCCAACGUCUGCGUACACGCACACCCCGACGCGAAACAGCCCAUCGCAAUCAUCAUCCCGCACGAGCAGAACCUCCGGUACGCGCUCGAGAGCAAGUCUCUUGGCCUGUCCGUACACACGGGGCUGCCCGACCUCUGCAAGGACGACCGCGUCCGUGAGCUUGUAAUGAAGGAGUGCAAUGCUGUCGGCAAGAAGAACGGCUUCAAGCCGAUGGAGAUCCUCGACGGCAUCAUCCUCACGGCGGAUGAGUGGACGCCGGAGAGCGGCCUGGUCACGGCGGCACAGAAGGUGCAGCGCCGGAAGGUGGCGGAGCGGUAUGCUGACGAAAUCAAGGCGAUCUACAAGCCAAUCUAGAGCUAGCGCAUAUCGUUGCAUCAGUUGUACCCACGGACCAUGACACGUUGACGAGCAUGCUUGCUGGCUUGCAACUUUCGAGUUAUCUUGUACACUAGGCUUUUUGGAUGGUCCAUAUUGUAAUGCAAGACAAGCCCGGCACUCCGAUUACGUGCAGGUUCCAUCUGUCGAAUGACGUGCUGACCUACGGAGCAUGAUGUCGUUGUCGCUGGUCAACUCACGCG